AUUAUUACGUGGGAAUAAACCCAAUCCUCCCUUAUCAUUUUCUUUCAACCAUAACAAACAUUUAAAGGCAUAACGUCUUGAUCGACAAAUGCAAUAAAAAGGGAAAAUAUAUUAAUUUGAUUUUGUUUAGGUCCGUUUCUUCCCUCCCUUCUAUCUCUUAACCCAUUCAUUCAUUCUGUAUGUGAGUUUUUUUUUUCAUGGAAUCUCUACAUUUCACACCACAGUUCCGUCAACUCCAAUUCCAUUUCAUGAACAAACGAUUUCCCAAACUCAAAUUCACAAUUUCCUCCAUUCACUUCAGGGCCUUUUGUGCUUCUUCUUCUUCUACUACUACUACCCUCACCCAAACCCAGAAUCUGAGUGACCCUCAAAUCAUAGUCCCUGGCAAAAAGCGUAGGGUCAAGGCUUCUGAUACUCAAUUCAAAGAGAAUUGGUUGGCUUCACUCUCUAACCCUUUUCCAGAAAAAACACAUCUUUUGAAUGGAGAGCAUGAACCGACCCACCAAAAUGACGGCUCCAAAUGGGUCCUUGGAAUUGACCCAGAUGUCUCUGGCGCUGUUGCACUGUUGAAAACACACGGUUCUGUUUGUUCGGCUCAGGUAUUUGACUCUCCUCAUGUCAAAAUACUUGUUGGCAAGAACAAGACAACCCGAAGACGCUUAGAUGCCAAGUCUGUUGUUGAGUUGGUUUGUGGUUUUCGUGCUCCAAUUGGAACCACUGCGUAUAUAGAGCAGUCACUCCCUUAUCCACAAGAUGGGAAGCAGGGCUGGUGGAGUGGAGGAUUUGGGUAUGGGCUGUGGAUUGGCAUCUUAGUUGCUUCAGGGUUUUCUGUUAUUCCAGUGCCAUCUUUUACUUGGAAAGCAAAAUUCAAACUCUCUGGAAACGGGACUACAAAGGAUGAUAGCAGGAGACUUGCGUCCACAUUAUUUCCUUCAAUGACUUCCAUGUUAAGUAGGAAAAAAGAUCAUGGAAGGGCAGAAGCUUUACUAAUUGCAGCAUAUGGACAAGACCAAAACAAAUUCUUGGAACCUUCUUGUUGUGACACUAUCCUCGAAAAUUUAGAAAAUUGAAAAAUGGUAUAUUUAAGAGCUUCAGCCCCUCUUUCUAUCUCUCUCUUCUCCCUUCUCUUUCCAUGUAAUUUGGCUACCAUUUGUAAUUGUUCUAAAUAGUAAAUGGUGUUGUAAACUUUAUUUUAGUUAUUUUUUGGUAAGAGUUAAAUUUCGGGUGGGGGAGGUAACAUCGUCCAAGGCAAGGGUGUCCGGACUCAGAAUGCUCAAGGGUUAAUUUAUUUCAAUGCUAAUAUUUUUUUCUUCAAAAAUUAA